UGCGAUCGGCCCUGCAGGUGACAGCAGCCGAGGGCAGGGUCGGGGGAGGGCAUGCAAAGUAGGGGGACAGACUCAGCGUCGAAGAAAGAGGAGGCCCGGGCAAGGGCUGUGGGUGCAUUGGAAGCCACAAGGUGGAGAAGCGAGUCGCCGAUUGGCCAGCCCUGGAUUGCCGCUGGGGCAAGUGAGCGAUCAGCCUUUUGCAGCAACGGGGAAAGGAGCAUGAGGUGGGCUGCUUUCUUUUCUUGGAGGGGCCGGCUUUAGCGUGUACUGCUCUGCACUCCUCCGUUAGGAAGAGCGGCAGCGGAAGAGCAGCUGAUCUCCCAACGUCGUUUCUCCAGGAGCUGCUGCAUGCUCUUUGGCAGCUGUAGGAGUGAGAAGUGGAGAAGGAUAAGGGUGCCUUCCGACUCCCAAGCGUGCAUGCUGAUCUCUGCAACUUGACAUCGGAGUACUCUUGCCAUCUGGGACUACGCGCCCUGAAGCAGUUGCACAGAAGAACGGAGGAGAAAGAGGAGGCACUUUUAGCAGCACUGACCCUGCCCUCCGUGUGUUUGCAUUACAGGAACAUGCAGUGAUUUGCUGCUUUGCUUUUAGACCCAUCCCAACCAUCAGGGUGUGUGGUAUAUGGUGUGUGUGGGAGGGAAGAUCUACUGCCUCUGUAAUAAAUGAUAGAGGAUACAAUGACUUUGCUCUCUUUGCUGGGUCGGAUCAUGCGUUACUUCUUACUGAGACCAGAGACGCUGUUCCUGCUAUGCAUCAGCCUGGCCCUAUGGAGCUACUUCUUCCAUACAGAUGAAGUGAAAACCAUUGUCAAGUCCAGCAGGGAUGCAGUGAAAAUGGUGAAGGGCAAGGUAGCAGAAAUUAUGCAAAAUGACCAACUUGGGGGUCUGGAUGUUCUGGAUGCAGAGUUUUCCAAGACCUGGGAGUUUAAGAACCACAAUGUGGCUGUUUAUUCUAUCCAAGGCCGGAGAGACCACAUGGAAGACAGGUUUGAAGUGAUCACGGAUCUGGUGAACAAGACUCAUCCAUCCAUAUUUGGGAUAUUUGAUGGACACGGCGGAGAGUCAGCAGCCGAAUAUGUGAAGUCCCGUUUACCAGAAGUCCUAAAGCAACACCUUCAAGAUUAUGAGAAAGAUAAGGAGAACAGUGUAUUAUCCUAUCAAACCAUCCUGGAGCAACAAAUUCUCUCAGUUGACCGAGAAAUGCUGGAAAAAUUGACUGUAUCCUAUGAUGAGGCAGGAACAACGUGUUUGAUUGCUUUACUGUCCGAUAAAGAGCUCACAGUGGCCAAUGUUGGAGAUUCAAGGGGGGUUUUGUGCGAUAAGGAUGGAAAUGCUAUUCCUUUGUCUCAUGAUCACAAGCCUUAUCAGCUGAAAGAAAGAAAGAGGAUUAAAAGAGCUGGUGGCUUCAUCAGUUUCAAUGGUUCCUGGCGUGUUCAGGGGAUCCUGGCCAUGUCUCGUUCUCUUGGGGAUUACCCGCUGAAAAAUCUGAAUGUUGUCAUCCCUGAUCCAGAUAUCUUGACCUUUGAUCUGGACAAACUCCAGCCAGAGUUCAUGAUCUUAGCUUCCGAUGGGCUCUGGGAUGCUUUCAGUAAUGAGGAAGCUGUGCGGUUCAUCAAAGAACGUUUAGAUGAGCCACAUUUUGGAGCCAAGAGUAUAGUGCUCCAGUCUUUUUACAGGGGAUGCCCUGACAACAUUACAGUCAUGGUGGUUAAGUUCAAAAGCAGCAAUAAAGUAGAAGAACAAUAAAAAGAGAAAGAAAGGGGGGGAAGGAAGAGAAAAGUAAUACCACACUCUGCCUCUCACUUGGUGAACUUCUUCAUUUAACCUUUACAUUCAACACAGUAGGCGUUUGUAGCAAGUAUAUUAGUGUUAAAGUUGUACAUCCCAAAACGAAAGUAGAAAAACCACUCUUUUUGCUAAACACAGCAAACAAAAGUCAACAAUUCAAUUUAUUUUAUUUUUUAAUGAAAAGGAUCUCUUUUAUUUUCUAGAUCUCUAAUGAUCUCAGCUUAGAAAAUCCUUCAAUUAUAAAGGACUGUGACUCCUGCUUCAGAGUCUGCAAUUCCCUUAGUCUUCAUAUAAUAGCUUAGAAUUGCAUUUGGAUUUGGGCAGCUGAGAUAUGAGACUUGAGACUGGCAUAGGAUUGCCAUCAGUGUGACUAUUCAUUCUAGCAUCGUCUCCUUCAUAUUGCUAUACCUGCUUAGUUAAAACUUAGUUAAACUGCAAAAGGAACAAAGGCAGGUAGCUAACAGUUUGUAGUUGUUGACUCAAAACAAGGAGGUAUCAAUGGGUCCGCAACUACUGUCCCUUCCCGUUAGUAUACAUCCUGCUAUAUCAUUAGCAUUAAACAAUUGAGCUUUUCCAUUGCCAUGUUUUAAGGUUUGUGUGCAUGCCUCUGAAUGAUCUUUGUUUCUUUUUAAAAAUCUAGCCAGUAGAUAGCUUUUGAGGUCCAUGCUCAUUGAAAAAUGUCCCCUUUAUUAAUUCUUGUUUCUGGAUGGGCUGAAUUAAUUCUUGUUUCUAGUUUAGGGUCGUAACUCUGUGCAAUUCAGACAUCAAAAACUGGUAUAAAAUGUAUCUUUAGCUUAGAAGAUUCUGAUAUAAGACUUUAGCAUUUCUAAACUUGGUAUUUAGAGGAUAAGGCUAGGAUAUUAAUGAAGCCAGCAAACUGAAAUAGGAACUUAGUGCCAAACUGGUGAAAAAAACAGGUAGAGCAUUUUUUUUCUUUUUUCAUUAGCAGUGAAGCUUUGUUCCAAAACAGAAAAAUUAGCAAGCAAGUUUUACAAUUUAAAUAUUUAAUGAUCUAAAUCAUCAUAAGCCAGGCCUAGUAGUAAGUGUUGCCUGCAUAUACAGUAGCUGCAAUUUAAAAUCUAUGGAGUUUGGUACAAGCUGGCUGCUUAAUUCCAGUGUGCCUAUCAUUUGCGUAUCUCAUGAUCAGCUUUCUGCAGAUUGAUAGCUCCAGAUGUGUUGGGCUGCAGUUCUCAUAAUUCCAGUUCCAACAUCUGGAAAGUGAAAGGUUGAGAAGGCUUUGGGUAACAAGAUACACUUUGUUGUAAUCAGUGAUGGUAUCUGACCUUGAGCUAUUUGCUGCAUCAUUCAAAAUGUAACUUCUUUCUGUCAUUCAAAUUAUGAAGCAUGACCAGGCAUUCUGAUUUACGAUGGAUCCAGUAGAAUUUUUCUGCAAGCAGAAGAGGCAUUAAUGGAUGCUAUCACUGAGGAACUGAAAUAGCAUUAUAUUUCCAAAAGAAAAUAAAAUUAGACUUGUUAAUAUAUGGAAUAUUGAUCAUGUCUACAGGCUGUAAUUUAGAAUCAAAACUAUAGAAACAUGAGUCAAAAUGCCCCAUUAGAUUGCUACAAAGAUGUUCUAAUUAAGGUGCUCUAAUUAAUUGGACAUUGCCAGGAUUAAUAAUUUGUGACGUGCUAUUUAAUCUUAUUUCAUUCUCCGUUGGUAUAUAGAGGAUUAACUCAGAGCCAAUAGGGAAGGUGGCUUAGUCCAUCCCUGAAGUGGUUGGGUAACUUGAAAUUCAUAUAGUGAAUUAACACAGGGGUGGGCAACUAUGGCCCUUUUACAACCUGUAAAGCAUGGCUGGCUCAAGAAUUCUGGGAGUUGAAGUCCAUAGGUCAUAAUAAGGCCAUAAUUGUCCACCUCUGGAUUAAGAUAUACCAAGUGUGCAUUAGUUGCUUCUGAUGUCUUUGUUUCUUGCCUUUGUUAUGUCUUCUUAGAGACAUUACUUAGAUUCUCAAAAUACUAUUAGGUUUGCUAGUUUUGAUUGAAUGAUUACAUGCCAUCAAGUUGAUACUGACUCUUGCAGACUAUAUAGAUAGAGUUCCUCCAUGAUGAUCUGUCCCUAACCUGGUCCUUCAGCAGUUCCACCGGUACACUCAUUUGUCCUGUUGACCUCUUCUUUUUUUUCCUUCCCCCAUCCCAGCAUUAAAACUUUUUCCAGAGAGCUAUGUCUUUGCGUAAUGUCUAAAACGGGAUGGGUUUCCUAGUUUUAGCUUCAGAUUAUUUGGGUGAUGAAAGAAAAAUAACAAUAUGCUUCCCCGAUCUUUAUUUUGUUGCAUGCUUGAAUAAAAAUGAAGAGGCAUCUUCAAGUUAAAGGCCUAUUUUAAAAAAAUCAAAAAUAAAAUGAAAUUAAAUAAAUAAAAUGAAGUAAAAUUAUGAACUAAUGCACCAGAGUCAUUAACUAUGGUUAUACUGCAAAAUGGAAAUACUAAACCAAAAAGUGAAAUGGCUUUCUUUUUAAUUUUUUACCUUUCUAAACCUCUAUAGUACUUAAAUUUUGAGGUAUGUGGAAUAAGAAUUACAAAUUAAAAAAUAAUCUUGUUUUACCUGGUUAGUAGGAGAUGCAUGUCCAAACUCUUAUGUGGCUGUAACUAGAAUCAGUUAAUUUAGGCAAGUGUUAGCUACAGCAUUUUUGAGGGCCGUAACAAAAUAGUUUCUCCCAGCUCUUUACCAUUAUAACUGAGCUCUAGGGCCCUAGAUGAGAUUAUUGAAAACCUAUUGUAUUUUUUCACUCCCUUUGUUGAUUAAGUCCUGACUUUCCAUCAGGAUUUUUGUAGAGUAACGGAACAAUCCGCUGCACUAGUUUUAAACUGCUAGCAAUAGCAUCUCUUUAUGAUUUGUUUUUAAUUUCUUGAAGGAAUAUCAAGGUCAGCUAACCUGAAGUUUCUGUUGUAUAUGCUAAGGCACAUGAAGCAAUUUUGCACUAGAGGCAACUUCAGAAAUAAAACCAGAACUACUCUGAAUCAUUAAAAUGUAAAAAUCAUUUACUUAGGACCAUUUGGAAAGUUCUUGCUGAUGCAUUUGUGCAUACGAGUUGUCAUUAUUUAUGAGUUGAUUUGUAAAUGAGAUUAACUCAACUAAAACUAAAAAUCUUUUAGAAAUGAAUAGAUAUUCUCAACACCUAUUUAUAUUCUUUAUCUGCACAACUCUGUCCAUCACUAUUGAGAACUAUCAAAAAAUGUUGACUCUUUGUAAGAUCCAUCACUUUUGUGAUACUAAUAUUUUAUAUGUGUUAAAUUAAAGUAGGACUAAAAGAAUUGGGGGUCAUUGCCAUAACUAGACAUCUUGGAAAUAUGUACGUCAGAACAGUGUCAAGCAAGAGUUAAAGGACUGUUAAUCACUGAUCUGCAAAACCUAUUUACUUGGGAAUAAAUCCCACUGAAUUCAGUAGAUCUAACCUUUAGGAGAUAUUCCUAGGAUUGCACUGCUUAACAUAUUAAUAUCAGUAUAUUGACAGCACACUAAUAUCAGUAUUAGAAAGAUGAAUGACUGAAAUCUACUUCCUAUUCCAGUGUUGUUUCUUGUUCAGAACAUUGAAGCAUAUGAGACUUCAGAAAGCUUUCCGAUUUUUUUAUAGCCCGGAAUAAACGGUUUAAUUGUGUUAUGGAAAUGCAAAUGCAGCAUUGCUAUGAAAAAUAAUCAUGGUAAAAAGACAGGUAAAUGGAACCAGCAAAUGUAUUCAUUUGCAGUCUGUUGAAAGCUGUUUUUAAUGUCUGAGGAAGAGAAAAUUCAUUGCUAGCAGGAAAAUAGCUGUAAACAAUUACAGAGUACAUAUUAUAUUCAGUCAAAUAUUUUAAAAGGCCAAAUUUGGCUAGUCACCUAGUCAAUGAAGGGCAAAAAUAUGCACGCUGCACAAAUGGUUAUUCAGAAUUAGUGGCAUCAUUCAAAUAGUUACAGGAUAGACAUUUACAGUCUUCACUUGGAGAAAAAGCUCCUGCUUAACGAGAAAACAGGCUGAGAUAAUAGAAGAGCUUGACCUGAGAUGUGGUAUUUCUGUUGAAACAAAAUAGUCAUACCCAUAUCAUAUAGACAAUAUUUCAAAUCUCUGCAUUUUUACAAACUCAGAAUAUUCAAUCAGGCAUAGUAAAAACAAGAAAUAUGCUUAAUGCUAUUAUUUGGAUUUAGAGAUACCUUGCACAAAUGAAAAAGUUCAUCAACAAAUUCCUUGAAUUUCCCAUUGGUGCCAUGGCAUAAUGCCAAAGGUUAUCUUGACCUGCAGGAAUGUUUUUGAAAAAAGAGUAGGAACAGAGGAGGAGGAGGAACCAGGAAGCUGACACUGCCCAGUUCUGCAAAAUCUUCACUGAAUUUGACCUGUUGAAUACCAUCAGUCAAUUAAAUGAUUAUUUUGUCCAAAGAACCUGUCACUAUCAAUGUAACUCCCAGAAUCUUUGAUCACGGGCCAAAUUGAUUGGUGGAGCUGAGAUUUGUACCUCACCAAUAUCAAAAGAGUUACAUGUUCCUCUUCUUUGAACGACACUAUACAGCAAAUAUAGGCUAUUUAGUGGCCUUCUACUCCAAGGUUUUGGGUUCCAACUCUUAUUAUGGCAUACAACAAGGAACCAUAGGAGUUACAGUCCAAAACAGCUGAUGUAUACUAUGUUGCUUCUAUAAUAAUAUAGCAGUCAGUCAGUAUUAUAAUUUAUUGAAAUUUAUCAUAGUUCUAAAUUUAUUUUAAAGCAAUGCACACUAAAUAAUUUCUACUCUAACUUAUGACCAGUUCUUAAUUAGGAAAAAAAAAACCUCUUGCUUUAGAUUUAUGGGUGCAUAGAGCCUAAUAAAAUGCAAUAGUCACAUGGUUUUUAUUACUAUUAAAAAUGUAAGAGCACCUAUGUGAAAAUUAAUAAAAACUCUCUAGGAUUGCUGAUAUACUAUAACUUUGCUUUCAUUUUGUCCUUAGGCUAUGGGAAAUGUCAAUUUGCAGUUCAUGAGAAGGAAAAAGCAAAACGUUUACUUGUAAAAGUGGUAAAUUAAUACAAUAGAUUUAUGCAGUAUUUUCAAAUGUCAUACAGGAAAUAUAUUAUUUUGGCAAUUGUUGAUUUAGGAAAAGUUUGUCAUUGUUCAUAUUUUAGUCUGUGCUAACAAAGAUGCACAUUUUUGUAGAGAAUAUAAUAUAUAAUAAGCAUACUAUUCUCUGAACAGAAGCUUCUCUAUAUUGUAGGAAUGAACUAACAAUAUUUAUUGUGAAUUCAAAAGCUUCUAAGCCACACUGGUUAGUAACAGCAACACUGCAAGCAGAGUAGACAAACUAAUUAUAGAUUUAUGGCACAACUAUAUUUUCAGUUUAAUUGAUCUCCAAAGGCACAAUCCAGUCUGUCAUAAGAGCUUUGGAUCCAUGGGAAAUUAUUCAGCACAGGGCACACAAAAUCUCCUUUUGAUUUCUUACCUUCAUUUCCAGGCACAUAAAGCUAUUUACACAGAAUCCAAUUAAGACAGUUAAACAAGCAUGAAUUCUUCUCCCUCACACCUUCCUCCUUUCUCUGCUUCAGCUAAUAAAGGAAUAAGAAUGUGGUGGUGAUUUAUUACUGCUUGUGCCAGUGUAUCCUCGGCUAACUGAUUUUUCUAAGAGUAAUGGUAGUUGGCUUAAUCUUGAGGCUGUUCAGAUGUACAACAAGCUCCUUCCCAGUUAGGAAUAAGAGAGUGUUCGUUCCAUUGGCUGGCCUGGUCUCUCAAACUGGCAGGACUUGAUCUUCUUCAGCACUAACUGCAUCUGCCUUGAGAAGAUGCAUCCCUUACUGGCUAUCUCUCUUCUUCAGUAGUCUUGCCUGGACUCCACCCAGGAACACUUUAGAACCCUUGCCCCAAACUCUUCUGGAACCAGCAUGCCUUCAGCAAUUCAAACUGCCUAAAAUCCACUUUGGUUUCGAAUCAUCAUCUUUUCUUCUUCCCCCAAAUCUCCUCAACUUUCACUAUCUUACUUCUUUUCCAUAUCUGCCCACCCUGUCUAGGAAAGUUUUUGCCUAUAUGAAAAGUUUAUUCUCUGCUCUUCUUCCAAACUGCAUUAUCAUAGAUGAAUAGCUUCCUUGUCUGCAAGCUCAGGUGACAGGGUAGUGGACCGUGCUUAGUUGCUAUAUAUUGUCACUCAGUCCAAAAUGAAGUAUUUAUAGAUCACCCUGCUAGACAUAUAUUCCUGAAGUUCAGAUCUCUUGGAGUUUACUCCUAAGUAAGGAAUAUAGGAUUGCAGUAAGUGAGCCAUGCAUAAUGUUAAUCUCUCCUAUUAAAGGCAAUAGUGUGAAAAUUGAACAUUAAAGUAUUCAGGUUAGUGCAUAUUCAUUUAUAAGCGUAGAAUAGAAAUAUGUUCAUAGUGGCUGAAGAACCAUUCUACUGUAGUCUCAUGCCAACCUCAUGUCACUAUUAAGGGUGUAUUUCUUUGUCUUCCUUGAUGAUGGUACACGGAUGCACAUACCAAUGUAUCUAUGUACAUUCUGCUUGGCUACAUGUUAUUCUAAUUGAAUUUAAGACAAAAAUACAUGGUUUUGCAGCUACCUCUGUGAAGCAGCUUAUUCUAGGUUGUAAUUCUGAAAUGAAAGCUUAGUGUUCUAUCUUAGUUUUGCUCUAGCAGAAGCUAGCCAAGAACUCAUGAUCCUGUAGCAUUUUUGUGAACAUCAAUCUUGAUUUUGUUGAUAUUUGCCAUUUAUGUCAAAUCCCAGGGAUCAGAAGUUCAAUUCAGCUCUGAAGAGGACUGAAUAGGAUGUUCCCCAGGUCACUUCAGUUCAGAGGAAGCUAUCUUAUUCUUUUGUGUGGUCCUAGCUUGAGUUGAAAGUACCGUACAUUAAAAGUUGGCUCUGCUUUUGAAGAAAAUACUCCCAUGACCUCUGCAGUUUCCCACUCAUGCUGGAGGCUAAGGAGUCAAAAAAAAAGGUUACAGGCUGUUGAAGUUUAAAGAGAAUAGGAAGCAGGGGUGGAGGGGAUUAAAAACUACCUCUUAACUUAGCCAGUGUUUUUAAGCUUACAAAAAGUUGCUGGGAGAGCAGUUACUCUAUAGAAGAGUAGUUUGUAGUUUCUUGCAGUAAACAAUCUUAGAUCUUGACAGGUCUUGUUCUAUCAAGCCAAGACCAAAUAUGUUUGGAGAAAAAGGUACCCUUAACCUUUAAGGCUAUCAUAAAGAUUUUUUAAAAAGAAAUAGGAAAAAAGACUAUAAAAUUGCAUGCAAAAGUUGAGGCACCUCUGGUUAAAUUGUAUAUUUCAGUGAAUCCUUAAUUACACUGAGGCUGACAAAAAGCUUUCCAUGAUACAAAGUUAAGCACACCAUCUUUUUUUCAAAUUUGAACAGAUACUACUAUUUAUACACAAUUUGUAUAGAUUCAGUAACAAAACAAUGAAUAUGGCAGGGACAUAUUCAUUGUUUUGGGAUCUCCCUUUCUAUACUUUGUAGUAUUUUUUCUAGCAGAAAUAGCAGCUUCCAAACAUUUUCUGUUGUUAAGACAAUAGACAUCUUUCUGUUCUUGCUUAUGGAUCUCUUUUCCAUUCUUCUUUGCAGAAGCCUCCUAGAACAGAAGAUGUCUUAGAUUUUCUUAUAUGCACUAUUUGUAUCAGAUCUCCCCAGAAAUGUUCAAUAAUGUUCAAGCCUCAGAAUGGUGAAAGCCAUUCCAAAACCUGUUUCUUUAAAAAAAAGUGUCAUGUUGAAUUGGAGACCUGGUUUGGAUCUUUACCUUAUUGAACCUCUUAAGUUUUUUUCAGCCUCAGUGAAAACAUAAAAUCUGACCAGAAGUGCCUAAACAUUUUCAUGCCGCUGUAUAUGUAUUUCACUUUUGUACUUACCAAUUCGUCACCAUAGAACCUUCUGCCCCAAAGGAAUUGAUUUGUUCAGUAAAUGGGUGGGGAAAAAAUAACAGUGUUCCACAUUUUUCAGAUAGGAUAUGUAUGCAUCAUAUAAAAAUAUUUGGGAUUAGUUUUAUGCAAAUGUAAAAGAUUUAAACCAAAAUUAUGUAAUUGAUUGAUUUUCUGCAGUUGACUGCUUUAAUGUGGUUGGUUUAGUAUGCAUAAAGCACUGAUACUUUAAGCUUGCUAGACCUGGCUAGGCUCAUGUUCAUUAGCCCAACAUUUCAGUAAAAAGUGUCCAGUUUAAGAAGAGAUAGGUUUCUCAGAUCAGGUUUUUUGGUUUUUUUUUGCAUCCUUGUGACCAUUUAAUUUUCCCAGCUACCAAUAAAUCUGUCUGCUAUAACUUGUUAGAAAGACUAUUGACCAUAAUUGUUCAAAAGCAACUUUAGCUCCUCCCAGGUUUCCAUGUAGCACUGGUACUCCAUAUUAUCCAGUUAUUUCCAUAGGAAUAAAUUAAAUCUUAAAUACAAAGCAAAAGUUUUAUGCUGAUUUCCAAGGGGAAUUCUGGCUUUUCUCCACAAUCAGUACAAUUAAUAGUUCAGCUUUAAACUAAAUUUUUUGCUCUGCCAUUUUUUAAAAACCCCAAUACUGUUAUCACUUUAAUUGUUGCCUCUGCAAUUAUAGCCACAGUCCAAAUUAAUUCUACUGGGGCACUCAGAUAUUGGAAAAAUUCUGGUAAUCCAGAGGAAAGUGAGUAGGGCAGGUGAUACUGUUUUUUCAACCUUGGCAACUUCUAGCUGUCUGGACUUCAGAUCUCAGCAUUUCCCAGAAAACACAGCCAUUGCUGGGAAAUUGGGGAAUCGAAAUCUAGAAGCACAUCUAGAAGUUCCCAGGACUAGGAAAUGUUUUCCUAUUCUAUCCACAUAGUCUAUUCCUUUUGCAAUAAAAUCUAAGAGAAAUAAUUGCCCAUAGUUUAGCAAAGUUGAGCCAAUGCUUCUCACCCUUUCUAAGGCCAGAUGUGAACAACCAUUCUGGGGAAUGAACACCUUUGGCUGUUCAGCUGAUAUUGGACUCCCAGUUCUUGUAAACCUCAGCCAGAUGAUGAAAGCCACUAACAGAUGCUGCAUCACUGUGGAGAUUGAGAAAGCAAGGCUUGCCAACUAUACGAGUACUCUGUGUUGCAAUUCAUUCCUCACCAUUGGUCAUAUUGCUACAUAGCUAGGAAUUGGGGUUAAGAAGCAUUUGGAAGGCAGAAGCUCAGCCCUUUAAUAUCUGGAGGAAGAGAAGGAAACCUAGUAGAGGUAGCCCUUGGCUUACAAUCAGAAUUGAGACUAAACUGUCUGUUCUAAGCAAGAUGUCUGUUAAGUGAGUUGCACCCAAUUUUACAAACUUUUUUUGCUGUGGUUGUAAAACAAAUCACAGAAGUUGUUAAAUGAAUCAAGUAGACGUUAAGCAAAUCCUGCUUCCCUGAUUAAUUUUGCUCAUCAGAAGACAGCUGGAAAGGGCGAUCGUGUGAUCCCAGGAUGUUGCAACCUUUAUAAAUACAUGCCGGUUGCCAAAUGCCCAAAUUUUGAUAAUAAAAUUAUGGAAAUGCUGUGUGCAAGGACUGACCAUAAGUCACUUUUUUGUUGUUGUUGCUGUAACUGUGGUCACUAAAUGAAUUGUUGUAAGUCGAGGACUACCUGUCCCCACCAAUACCAAUGUGCCUGGAGAUAUUAGGUGCCUCUCCAGGCUUUCAAUCCAUCUGAAUUUGUUUUAAAUUUAAAAUGGAUAAAUAAAUGAGAGGCUGGGCUGCCAACGAGCUUAUUUAGUGAUACAUGGUUUGUAGCUCACAUCUGUAUUUGAAGAUACGCCUCUUUCCCUCCGAAAGGUAAAAAGUAACUUGAAGUAGUAAAGAGCACCCUACAAUGUCUAGCAGGAGAAAGUGUACCGGUGUUUGUGAUUGCCUAUAUCUAUUUCUGAAUACAAAGCAUCAUGACAUGUUUUCAGAAUUGCAGUGUGUCUGUUUGCUCAAAACAGCGGUCUUUAUUGGAAACCAUUUUUUUUAGCCAUUUCUGAACUGUAUGAAAGGCAGCAAGGCUAUUGAAUGCGCACCUAAGAAAUUUUUGGCCUUUUAAUCAUGGAGGUAAAUUUGGAAAAAACUUCAAGAUGCCUUCUGUUUAGAUCACUUUCAAGGAUCAAUUUUUUAAAAUGUGUGUACACAGCAAAGGGUUCUGCAAUGCAUAGAAUAUGCACCAAUGUUCUAUGCAAGAUAUCACCUAGGAAGCCCAUGCUUGGUGCACGUAUGUUGUAUUAUGUUACAUUUGCACCAACAUAUAUACUAGGAAUUCAGAAUUUUAUUUUAAAGUUUAGUGGAAAUCUCCCAAGUGUUCACUAAAACCCUAAUUUAAAAUAGUAAUUUCAGUCUACCCAAAUCCAAUGUUUUGGUCAUAAUGAAGUAUAAAAGGAGGGGCUUUUGAAACCUCAAAAAUUCUUGAUAUUUGUAGGUUUCUUUUGUACGUAUUUUACAUCUUGUCUCUAAGAGACAAUUUGAAACAUGGUUAGAUGAAAUGUAAAUACGUUAACAUUUGCUGUUAGUGUAACCUAAAAGUGACAGUACGCAGUCACUUCUAGAUGUAGGCAGUUAUGGUAUCUUCAAUGUGUGCGUUAGACAACAUAGUUUUCCUUUUUUUAGAUGUGUGAAGAAUAUAUGUUCCAUGCAAUUGAGAUUCUGUCUUAAUGUCUACAGGAAGUGUAAACUACUGAGAAAAAAAGGGAAAAAAUAAAACAAAAGCCUUGGCUGUAUGGUUAAAAUCAAAAAUAAAGGCUUCAAACGAAGCAUAUUUAAAUAAACAAGUCUAAUUUUAA